AAAUACAUUGGAGAAGAACACAUCUCUAUUAUAGAGGAAAAAAUAAGGAAAUACAUCGGAGAUGGUCUUAUGUCCACACAAAUCCAAAAAGAAAAUUGAAAAAGAGGAAUUACAAUAAGUGCCAAUAUCAUUAAACGUCAAACAACUUUCUUCCUGUCGUUUUUAUUCUCCUCCUCCCAAUUAACACACAAGAGACCCAAGAACAACGAAAGAAUGGAUCAUGAUCACAUGCACGCCAUGCCUCCACCGUCAUCAUCCAUGAUGAACAAUGGAUCCAUGAACGGAGGAGGAGGAAGCCACAAGAUGAUGUUGAUGCACAUGACUUUCUUUUGGGGCAAGAACACGGAGGUUCUCUUCUCCGGUUGGCCAGGAACAAGCUCCGGCAUGUAUGCUCUCUGUAUCAUCUUUGUCUUCUUCCUCGCCGUCCUCACCGAAUGGCUUGCUCACUCCUCUCUCCUCCGUGGCACCAGCGGAGAUUCUGCUAAUGCUGCCUCCGGACUCGUCCAAACCGCCGUGUACACCCUCCGUACCGGCCUCUCUUAUCUAGUCAUGCUCGCCGUUAUGUCAUUCAACGCCGGCGUGUUUAUUGCCGCCCUCGCCGGUCAUGCCAUCGGUUUCAUGUUGUUUGGAAGCCGAACUUUCCGGAAUCCCUCCGGUGACCGGGAAACGAAAGAUCUUCUUCCUGCCUCAGGUUGUGCUUGUUGAUUAUUAUAUAUGUAUUAUUAUUUUAUCAACACUUGUCUUUCUAAAUAAAUAUCUAGGGUUUGUACUUUUCUUGGUUGUUUUUGGAUUGUUCUUGAGGUUCACGGGUGUUAGUGAGAGGAGGAGGAAUAAUUUCUAUUUGUUUUGCUUUAUAAUUUUUGUAUUCUUCUGGUUAAUAUGAUUAAAUGGUGAAAGCUGAAGAUAUCAAUUUACAAAUGUAGCACACCGAUUUGUUUUCUACCAGAGUUCAUAUAAAGCUUUCUUUUUUU